AUGGCUAGUGUUAAUCAAGCUAACACUAAAGCUAAUGCGUCGGAUGCUGUGAUGGAGGAGGCGCCCAAGGCAGAGGCCCAGUGUGUUCUUGGCAAGGUAGCUAAAGAGCUGGCGAAAUUUACAGCACUUAUGUUGGAAAAGUCCAAGAGUGUUCAUGUUUGGCAGGGGCUGUUUGGCUGUAACUGGGACGAUGAGACUGAUGACACCACUGUGUAUUAUCAGUACACCCAUGAUGGAGAGGGUAAGUACGCUUUUACUUCCCUGGACCUGAGCACAGAGUCCUGGGUCGCUGCUAAACCUGGGACCUUUAUCUUUAAAGAGAAGCAUGAGAGCCCUGAAAAAACUCAAGAUAUCAAAGACAGCAUUCACGACGUCUGCAUUGUGUGGCUGAAGAACGUUGUGCGCUAUGGAGAGAAAACUCUGAAGAGGACAGAGCUCCCCCUGGUGUCUCUGCUGCAGAAGUCCUCCUCUUCCCCGGUCACGUGUCACGCCACAGGCUUCUACCCCAGGAGAGCCAUGCUGUUCUGGACCAAAGACGGAGACGAGCUGCUGGAGGACGUAGACCCUGGAGAGAUCCUGCCCAACGAAGACGGGACCUUCCAGUCCAGUGUGUCCCUGGACCUGUCCUCUGUCCCCCCUGAGGACUGGGACAGGUACCACUGUGUGUUCCAGCUGUCUGGGGUCAAAGAGGACUAUGUGACCAGACUGGACCGGAGCAAGAUCAGGACCAACGGUGAGACCAAAAAUCCCCCGACCUCCAUCAUCGCUGCUGUGGUCGUUGUGGGAGUCGUUAUCGUCGCUGCUGCUGUGGCUCUGUUUGUGAUCAGACGAAAGAGAGAUGUGACAGACUUAGAGAUAAUUUCAUAA